UUGCCGCCAGUUUAUUUUCUACCUUCUCGACGACGAAAGACAGCAACACACUUUGGGACUUACUCACAAGCCUACGGAGAGGAUCUCUUAACUUGUUUUGUUAAACAAAAGACAACCCUCACUUCUGUAGAGUUUGUUUGGAUCUUUUUUUUCUGCUGCAACGAUGAUGUUCAACGCUUUUAACCCGGAGUGUGACUCCUCUUCCCGGUGCAGCACCGCGUCUCCUGCGGGUGAUAACGUGGGCUACUACCCAUCACCUGCCGGCUCUUACUCCAGCUUGGGCUCCCCACAGUCUCAGGAUUUCACCGACCUGACAGCCUCAAGUGCCUCUUUCAUUCCCACGGUCACAGCCAUCUCCACCAGCCCAGACCUUCAGUGGAUGGUCCAGCCUCUUGUCUCCUCCGUGGCCCCCUCACACAGAGCUCACCCCUACGACUCAAGACCCAGCCCUGCCUACCCUAGAGGGGCCAUGAAGGCUGCUUCAUCCCGGCCUCACUCCUCCACCAAGAGGGGCAAAGUGGAACAGAUUUCACCAGAAGAGGAGGAGAAGAGGAGAAUCCGCAGAGAGAGAAACAAGCAGGCGGCUGCAAAAUGCCGCAACAGGAGGCGAGAGCUGACAGACACCCUCCAAGCUGAAACUGAUCAGCUCGAGGAGGAGAAGUCCAGCCUGCAGAAUGACAUUGCAAACCUUUUGAAAGAGAAGGAGAAGCUGGAGUUCAUCCUGGCGGCCCACCAGCCCAUCUGCAAAGUCCCAGCUGAGUUGGACACAGACUUCCCAGUGGCCUCCAUCUCUCCUGCCCACUCCUGCCUGUCCACUGGGAGCCCCCAGCCAAGCACGACAUCCAUCUUCUCCGGCACCAGCACCACUACUACCACCACCACCACCAGCGUGGUGAAGAUGACCGACUUGGACGCCUCUGCCGUGCUGGAGGAAUCCCUGGAUCUCCUUGCCAAGACUGAGCUGGAGAGGUCGGCGAGGUCUGUCCCUGAGGUGGACCUGUCCAGCUCGCUGUGCGCCGCCCAGGACUGGGAAGUGCUGCACCCAUCAGUGAGCAGCAGCGACUUUGAGCCCCUGUGCACACCCGUGGUGACCUGCACCCCGGCGUGCACCACCUUCACGUCCUCCUUCAUGUUCACCUUCCCUGAGGCGGACACUUUCCCCACUUGCGGCGUGGCCCACAGGAGGGGCAGCAGCAGCAACGAGCAGUCGUCUGAUUCGCUCAACUCGCCAACGCUGCUGGCCCUUUAAGAGACUCUUUUCAUGAAUGAACUCUUAUAGAGCACACGGAUCACAGGGCUAUGGGAUGUAUCAGGAAGACUUUUGUAUACCUUGACACCAUUGUAGCAAGCAUGUUUCAACUAACACCAAGUCAUCUACCAGUUAUGAUUUAACGGUGCUACAUUAGUGUUGUCUUAUUUAGAGCAAUAGUUUUGAUUUUGCAGCGUGAAAUGAGAUGCUUGUGAAAACUUAACCAUUGGUCCAGGUGGUCUAUUUUAUCUUGUAUGAAGUUUUCUGUGAAAACAUUGGUGGUCUUACUUAAUUUAUGAGAUUUAAAUUUAUUUUUUUACACAGCAAAAGGGUUAACAUUGAAUGCUUGUAAGAUAUGUGUAAAUAAAAAUGUUAGUGAUAUUUAAAUUGA